CAGCAGAAGAGUUUGAAAUGGUGUCGUACAAGAGACUCACCCCUGAGGAGGUUCAUUUCGCAGGAGCUGCUUUAUUGGAUCCUGAUGAGACGACAGACACGGAUCUAAAGGAAGUAAACCCAGAACUGCCCCUGCUGCCCCAGAGCCGUCGCUGCUCCAUCACCGUUGCCCUGCUGACCCUUGGGGGACUUAUUGUGGUUCUCUUUGGCAUCUGGCUACUUGGAACUAUAUUUUGGUUACAUAAGCCACCCUCCACAGAACCCCAUAGACCCCCUCCACCUGCUGUGGCUAAAAGCCUAAACGGGACGUGGCUGCAGCCGGAGUCCUGCUCGCAGAUUCCAGAAGCUUGGAGGUUUGACUGUUAUCCAGAGAGAGGUGCGGUGGUGACGGAGGAGAUGUGCAACGCUCGAAACUGCUGCUUCGUACAGCGCUCACAGGCUAAGACAUCGGGACGGAAUGGAAUGCCGUGGUGUUUCUACACACCUGACUAUCCAUCCUACGAGUUGGUGUCCAUUACUGACACAGAGAUGGGGAAGGUGGGAAAACUGCUCCGGAACAAAAAGACAUAUUAUCCUAAAGACAUAGAUGCACUGCAGAUGGAGGUGCUGUAUGAGGAAGACAACAGACUGCGUGUGAAGAUAACAGACCCGGCUGAAAAGAGGUAUGAGGUGCCUAUAGAUGUUCCUGUGGUUCAGAAAAAAGCAUCAAAUCCCUCUUACACCAUAGACUUCAUCAAAGAACCUUUCGGGCUGAUUGUCAAGAGAACACAGACAGGAACUGUACUGUUGAAUACAUCUAUAGCUCCUCUCUUCUACGCGGAUCAGUUCCUGCAGAUGUCUACAUCAUUACCUUCACGUUUCAUAUAUGGACUGGGUGAACAUCGCUCCAACUUUCUGCAUGACAUCCAGUGGAACACUCUCACCAUGUGGGCUCGAGAUGUCCCACCAAUGGAGCUGACCAACCUCUAUGGCGUCCAUCCCUUUUAUCUUUCUAUGGAAUCUGAUGGAAUGGCACAUGGGUUUUUCAUGCUCAACAGCAAUGCAAUGGAUGUGGCUCUGCAGCCUGCUCCUGCCCUCACCUGGCGUAUGAUUGGUGGGAUCCUCGACUUUUACAUUUUCCUAGGCCCGGAUCCCAGCUCUGUAAUUGCACAGUACUUGGAUGUUGUAGGGAAGCCUGCAAUGCCCAUCUUCUGGGCUCUGGGUUAUCAUCUUUGCCGAUGGGGCUACAAGUCAAGCGACAAAACCUGGAAUGUUGUAAAAGAAAUGCGGAAUUAUGGGAUACCUCAGGAUGUUCAGUGGAAUGACAUUGACUACAUGGAUCAUGCCUUAGACUUCACUUAUGACACUGUGAACUUUUCCAGCCUACCUGACCUUGUGAAAGACCUUCAUAGACAUGAUCAACACUAUGUCAUGAUGCUGGAUCCCGGUAUCAGUAACUCUCAGCUGCCUGGCUCCUACUGGCCAUUUGAUGAGGGGAUGAAGAGGGGCAUCUUCAUCAAUGAUUCGAAUGGAGACGUCCUUAUCGGGAAGGUCUGGCCAGGACUCACAGCUUUUCCAGAUUUCUCCAAUCCAGACACACAUGAAUGGUGGUACCAGAAUCUGAAGCGUUUCCAUGAAAAAGUGCCGUUUGAUGGCGUGUGGAUUGACAUGAAUGAGCCAUCUAAUUUCUUUGAUGGAUCACUGAAUGGUUGCCCAGACAAUGAACUGGAAAAUCCUCCCUACACACCAGGUAUUCUGGGUGGUACAUUAAAGGCCAAGACUGUGUGUGCAUCUGCAAGACAGAAAAUCUCCACUCAUUACAACAUACACAGUCUGUAUGGACUCAUGGAAGCUAAGUCUACUGAAAGUGCUUUGAGGAAGAUCACAAAUAAGCGCCCCUUUGUCAUUUCCCGCUCUACGUUUCCCAGUCAGGGCAAGUAUUCAGGCCACUGGCUCGGAGACAACAGGAGCCAAUGGAAAGACCUGGCCACAUCCAUACCAGGUAUGCUAACAUUUAACAUCCUGGGCAUUCCUCUUAUUGGGGCUGACAUCUGUGGCUUUGGGGGCAGCACUACAGAAGAACUGUGUGUCCGAUGGACCCAGCUUGGAGCUUUCUACCCCUUUUCAAGAAACCACAACUCCAUAGAUGAACAGGAUCAGGAACCAACAGCAUUCAGCCCAGCAGCUCGUACAGCAAUGAAAGAAGCCAUUCUCCUGCGUUAUUCCCUGUUCCCACAUCUCUACACACUCUUCUAUCACGCACAUAUCAGUGGACACACAGUCGCCACACCACUGCUCUUUCAGUUCCCGAACGAUGAGAAGACGUACGGGAUAGAUAAACAAUUCCUGUGGGGAAAGAAUUUGCUGGUCACACCCGUUUUGGAGGCAGGGCGAGAUUAUGUUGUGGGAUAUUUCCCUAAAGGUCUCUGGUACGAUUUCCACACUGGUGACUCGUUGAUAAGCAGUGGAGAAGAGAUCAAUCUUCAGGCUCCAAAAGACAAAAUCAACCUGCAUCUCGGAGAGGGUUCAGUCGUACCUACACAGAGACCUAAUACCACCCUGUGGGUGAGCAGCGGUCAGCCCCUUCAUCUGAUUGUGAGUCUGAGUGAGGACGGCCUGGCCAAGGGUGAUUUGUUUUGGGAUGAUGGAGAGACCCUUGACACAUAUGAGAAAGAUCAAUACGCUUACAUCUAUUUCACAGUAGAACAGGUACAGAAAAUGCACAAUUCACCUUUACUACAGUAA